AUGUCCAAAGUUCUGCCUGUUACCGAUAUUCCGCCCCGACGCACCUCUGAGCCGUCUGACGACAGUCUCGACGAUGCUAGUGACAACGACGCGCUCAUCACCCAGGCGCUGAAUCCGGAUGGGACUCCGCGGCGUCCGAUGAACGCGUUUAUGAUUUUUGCCCGCCGUCGUCGCCCCGAGAUUACGGCCAACAACCCGCCUCUGCGCACCGGCGAGAUCUCCAAGGUCCUGAGCUCCGAGUGGGCAGCGAUGAGCUCGGAGAGCAAGCAGUUUUAUCUCGACCGUGCACGCAAGCUCAAGGACAACUUUAAUGCGCGCUGGCCCGACUAUGUCUACCGACGCCGACCGAACAACUCGCGCAAGCGCAAGCGGCCUGAUGUCCCAUCGUCGGCGCACCCUGCCAUUCGUCGAACCUCGCCUGGGUACGAGCCAGUUGUGCCGUCGAGCAAGGUCAAGUACGAGGACGGAUACCAGCACCCGCUCUUGCCCAGCUUGCCUUCGACCAACGCACCCCUUACGAUGGUGUAUGUUAGCGAGGCUGAACGCUCCAUGCCCCCCUAUGGUAUGAUCUCAGCCCCCUAUCAUCGCGGAGCAGCCACCCCGUCACUCGCAUCCAGCAUUCUGACGUCGGCCUCUGCAUCUCCGAGAUCCGUCUCUGGCUCGCUCCCCUUUCGUUACAACGAACCGAUCGGUAUGACGAACAGCCCUCCGAACCGUCGACCAGGCGCUUGGAAAGAUGCAGUGCUCUCCCCCGAGAGCUCCGCGGCGUCUUCAGCUCGCCGUACACAAGCUAUCUCCCCAACAGGAGCACCGGCUCGUUUGACGACUAUGCCUCUUCGCGCGAUCCAGAUCGCCACAACGAUUGGACACCAACGCCACCCCAUGCUGUGCGCAACAGCCUGGCUCUUCCAGCCUUUACGUCUAAUCAGUCGUUUCCCUCAUUUGGCCCCGAUGACCAACAGCCUCCUAGCUCGAGUUCAGACUUUCACGCAUUUCAGCCAGACUAUCCGCCCCCAAGCGGGCUAG